GUGGAACACAAAGGACAAAAUAACAUUUUGUGGUUCUAUCUAGACAUUAAGAAUCUGCAAAUAUUUUUUAUUUAAAAUUAUUUUGUAUCAAUCUCUAAUUUUCUAUAUAUAGAAUAUUAACAUUGAAAUCUAAGACUAAGAUUUUGAAUAUAUUCUUAUAAUUAGUUUAAUGUAUGAAGGAAAAAUUAAUGAGAUGCAAAAACUAUAACAAAUCAAAACCUUAAACUGUAGAAGUGGUAUUAGAUUUGCCAGAAAAAUGACACCUCAAUUGUAUAAAUUUAGAAACUAAAAAAAGUCCAUAACAACUAACAAACCCUUUUAUUUUAAAAAAAUAAAUAAAUAAAAAUGAAAAAACUUUGCCUUAUGUACUCCUCCCUUCCCUUAUUUCUCUCCCAACUUCACAUUUCAUCUCUUCCUCUUAAGCUGUAUGAGAAAAUAAGGGAAGGUAAUGAAGAGCAACCCGAAAAAGUGAUUGAGAAAAAAGCUGCAUAUUCGGUGGCAACGCAGCGAAAAUCUCAGCACCAUUCCCCAGCAAACAAGAAUCAUAAAACACAAAUGAGCAUUAUUAGUUCCAAUAGCAGCAGUAGUAGAAUUAGCAAUGGUACUCAGGCCUGCGCGGCAUGUAAGUAUCAGCGUAGGAAAUGUGCCUCAGAUUGCGCUCUAGCUCCUUAUUUCCCUCAUGAUCGCCAAAGACAAUUCCUAAACGCGCAUAAAUUGUUUGGGGUCAGUAACAUUACUAAGAUCAUACGCAACCUUAAUCCUCCUGACAAGGACAUUGCUAUGCGUACCAUUAUAUAUCAGUCUGAUGCGCGUGCCAAAGAUCCUGUUGGCGGUUGUUACAGGAUCAUUAGGGACCUGCACCAUCAGAUUGCAUAUUGUAAGGCUGAGUUAGACCUUGUUCUUCAACAACUCGACCUUUGCAAGGCUCAACUUUAUCAACAACAACACGCUCAGUUAUAUCAGAUUGCUACUGCCCUUACCCCUCAACCUCUGGACCCUGAUUCACAGGUUGAUGCAGGGACCCCUGUUGCUGAUAAUAAUAACAAUAAUAAUACUCAGGGUGCCGAGAUUUUAACCUGUGAUAACGAUAGCUAUCAGCAAUAUCAGGCUUUAAUGCGCUGUUAUUAUUAUGAUGAGGCUGAACAAGGGAACAAUAAUGAGCAACAAUACAUACCUAUUUCGCAGCAACAAGAUCAGUAUUCAUGGGUGGCUCCUCCGAAUGAUGAUGCAGUGUUAGCCUCAUCAAAUAGCAGCACGAGUCAUGGUGACUGUUUUGUUAUGAAGAAUGAUUUUGGAAGCGAAUGUGAUGGAUUGGAGAUGAAGCCGCAGAUUCAGAUUGUUGCAAAUGGUGCACCUUAUGAUGAUGACAAGGAAUAUGGAAGCAAGUUUGAUGAGUCAUCUACGCAUGUUGAUCUCUCGUGUUGUGAUCUUCAAGGGGAUGGAUUGAAGUUUGAUCAUCAACAAACUACAGACCUCAGUGAAGAGGCGGCAUUGAAGGAAGAAAACAUUGUCCUCAGAAAUCCAGAGGAAGAGUCUUUUAAUCACAUUUCCGAGCACGAUCUAAGGAAUGCAGCUACUUUAUUCACCCUGACAAAUUGAGCAGACAAUGAAAAUCUUUCUUUCAUAGAUUAGGCUAAGAGGCUAUCCAACUUUUUUAAAGAAUGGAUGAGGAAAUAGAGUUGAAUACAUUUGUAAAAUUUUUGUUUGAAUCGUUUGGUUCGCACAAUGUUAGCGAUUUUUUCCACAUCUCCAUCCAAUGAAAGCCGGUGGUGACAAGCCAUCGCAGCUAUAGAGGAAUAAAUGAUAAGACUUGCAGCAGUUGAUUUGAAGGAUCCUUGCAGAUGUAUGAAGGUGUCGAUCAUAGGAGUACAACAAAAGUUCAACCUUUGUGGAGUGACAUGCAAAAAAAUGAUUCAUAAUUCACAGCAUCCAAAUCUGUACUUCAUGCAACAGAA